AUGCCACUCAACGCUGAAACCCUCGCAAACCUCCAAAUAUUAAUUAACUCCGCUUGUACGGACACGAGCAGUAAAAUACCAGGAGCAACAGUCGCGGUGAUUGGGAAAGAUGGCGAAGAAAUAUUCACUCACUCAGCUGGUAAGAGAGGCAUUUCCUCUGCCGAGCCAAUGACACUGGAUACUAUCUUCUGGAUCGCAUCGUGCACGAAGCUGCUUACUGCCAUCGCAUGCAUGCAACUUGUCGAGCAGGGCGGACUCGAGCUAGACAAUGGAUUGCAGCUCGAGAGUCUCUGUCCUGAGCUGAAAGAUUUGAAGGUGUUGAGAGAUGACGACACCUUGGAAGAAAAGAAAAAGGCUAUUACGCUGCGAAUGCUCUUGACUCAUACUGCUGGAUUCGGGUACACUUUCUUCAAUGAGCGACUGAGAAAUUGGUCGCUUCCUAUCGGCGUGGAUGAAUUCUCGGGGGGAAUCGACGAUAUCAAAACGCCGCUUUUGUUUCAGCCUGGUGAGGGGUGGGAAUAUGGAGUCAGUCUAGAUUGGGCGGGACUGGCAGUUGAGCGCGUCACAGGCCUAUCACUGAACGAAUACCUGACACAACAUAUUUUUCAACCCCUGGAAAUUGAAAACAUGUCUAUGAUUCCGAAUGAAGAAAUGCGUGAGAAACUUGCGCAUAUGCAUUCCAGAGCUGCUGAUGGGACGUUGAAACCAAGAGACCAUCUUCUUCGUGCUCCAUUGAUUGUCGAUCCGAAAGAUGACAAGGAGACGAAGAGGAUCUUCAAUAGUGGCGGUGCGGGAAUAUUCGCAAAGCCACAAGAGUAUUGCAAAAUCCUCGCGGUCCUCCUUAACGAUGGGAUAUGUCCACGUACUGGUGCACAUAUUCUCCAAACUAAAACUGUACAAGACAUGUUUGAGAACCAGAUCCCCCAAUUCCCCCAUUUCGGACGCCAGGGCAUUCCCGCCUCAAAGCCAGACUUGACAAAUCCGAUCCCCGAUAUACACCCAAUUCCCGAAGGGGCCCCACAAGGCUGGGGCUUGUCGUUUAUGCUGAGCAAUAGUCAAGUAACCGGAAGGUCUACCAAAACAGCACACUGGGCCGGAUUAGCGAACUUGUUCUGGUGGUGUGAUCGAGAGAAAGGAGUUGCGGGUAUUGUGUGUACGCAAAUACUUCCAUUUGCCGACAUUGAGGUUCUGAAGCUGUGGGCUGGAGUUGAAACGGAGGUCUAUCGAGGACUGAAGAGUCUUUCUUAG